GCCCAGCCCAAAAUCAGAAUCCUAGGGUUUGGGAUUUAUAUCCAUGGUGUCUCCCCCAAUGCCUCCUCUACCGCAUUAGCACUCGUCUUUGGUUCUGGUUUAUAGAUCUCUGUGAAGUCGCUUUAUAACACUCAACCUAAGAUGCAGAACGAGGAAGGACAGAUCACCGAGCUUUACAUUCCUAGGAAGUGCUCUGCCACAAACCGAUUGAUUACCGCUAAGGACCAUGCUUCGGUUCAGGUUAACAUUGGGCAUGUGGAUGAGAAUGGCGUCUACAAUGGCCAUUUCUCCACUUUUGCUCUCUGCGGCUUCAUCCGUGCUCAGGGUGAUGCUGACAGUGCCCUAGAUCGCUUGUGGCAGAAGAAGAAAGUUGAAGUUAAGCAACAGUAGACACCCAUGAUAGUUUGUUACUUUGCUAUGUAUUAAUUUCUACGCUUGCUAGAGAUAUUUGAGUACUAUGAUUGUCGUCUUGAGCAAAUACUCAUUCUAAAUUUUCGUUGGUAUUUGGUACCGCCAGCUAAAUUUGCUUUUUUGACAGUUUGCCAGUGCGUUGAUAAAUAUUUGGUUGUCUUAUAUUUCAAUCAUAGAUUUUUUGUUA